UUCACAGAUCCUUUUCCACUAACCUUCAACAAACAACAAAUCAUUCAAAUUUCAAUCCCAAGUUUUGAAGCUCGAAUCGAACCAUCGCACUACAAAUUUACACGACCUUCAACAAAUACGAUUGAAUUAAACUCACAUUUCCGGAAAAAUGGAGCUGCAUUCAACUCCUCCGGUCCACGGUGGCGCUGCCGAAAUGCCGGAACCCGAUGUCCAUGUCGUUACCUCCUCUGGUUUACUCAUUUCCGCACAUUCUAAAUUUUUGGCUGCUACGUCGCCGGCGCUGGAGAGCAUGAUUAAUCGCUCCGAACGGAAAAUUCCCAUACUUGGCGUGCCGGACGACGCCGUUUCCGUCUUCAUUCAGUUUCUUUAUUCGUACAGAUGUGAUGAAGAGCAGCUGAAGAAGUAUGCAAUUCAUUUGCUAGCAUUGUCACAUGUAUACUUGGUGCCACAGCUAAAGCAGAAGUGUACAAGGGCGUUGGCUGAGCAUCUCACCAUUGAGAAUGUGGUGGAUGUGCUUCAGCUAGCAAGACUAUGCGACGCCCCCGAUGUUCACCUUAAGUGCAUGAACAUGCUCUUCAAAAACUUCAAUGCGCUUCAGGAGACCGAAGGCUGGAAGUUCGUACAAAACCACGACCCCUUUCUCGAGCUCCAGAUCUUGCAAUCCAUCGAUGAAUCUGAGUCGAUGAAGAAGAGGACAAGGAGGCGAAGAAAGGAGCGGAGUUUGUAUAUGGAGCUAAGUGAGGCUAUGUCCUGCCUCGAACAUAUAUGCUCCGAGGGGUGCACUGGUGUAGGCCCACAUGAUAUGGAUACGAGCAAAGAAAAGGGGCCUUGCAGCAAGUUCUCAACUUGCCACGGCCUCCAGCUUCUGAUCAAGCACGUUGGUGGCUGCAAGAAAAGGGUUAAUGGAGGGUGUUUGCACUGUAAACGGAUGUGGCAGCUCUUUAGGCUGCAUUCCUGCAUUUGUGACAAUUAUGAUGAAUGCAGAGUCCCUCUAUGCAGAAAGUUUAAGUCGAAGGAGGCGCGGGACGGGGGAGAAAGUGAUGAGCUAUGGAGAUUGCUUGUGAGGAAGGUAGCAUUGGCCAAAGCUAUAAUGUCUCUCCCAAAGAGGAAGAGAGAAGAGGAGCCAAGAGAAGAAGUGAUGGACUAUCAAAAAUUGAGAGGCUUAAAAUCAUGAAAUCUACAAUUAAAAAAAUGGAACUCUUUAUGUCUCUAAAGUUAAUAUAUUUGAUGUCCGAAAAAGUUUAAUACAGUUCAUUCAUUCAAGAACAUGACCCAUAUUCUAUAGUAUUAUAGUAUUAACCUUUCAAGCAAA